AUGGACAAAGAUUCAGUGAGCCACGGGACGGACGGGGCCAGUACGACCACGGGACUGACUCGACGGUCAUCGCGCAUUGUACCGAACAACACGGUGGUGUGCGUGGCCCAAGACGAUUCGAUAAACAUCGAACUGGUGUACUACACGGCCAUGUUGAAGAAAUUCGCGCCCAACUUGAGCAAAGAAAAAGACAAAGAGAAAGUCAUACCGUGGAUCCGGAAGCUGUACGCGGCUGAGUACGCGACUGAGUACUUCAAGACCAAGCGCAACCGGUAUCUGUUCACGAUGAUCUUGUCGAUACUCAACGACGAGAUGUACGGCGUGUUCAAGUCGCCGCCGCCCAACGGCCCGCUGAAGAGCCCCGACAGUUUCUCCAUCGCCGUCAUGCCGUUGGCCACCUGGGAGAUGGACAGCAUGUGGGAGGAGAUGUUGAAAGGCGAGGACAACAACGCGGUGGCGCAGUGUUCGAUGCACGCCGAGUGUCCGCCCGAGGAGCCCGACGAGGAGGAGACGGAAAUCACGGCCGACAUGGCCGACGAGGAGAAGCAGCGCAUCGCCGAGGAGAACGACAAGAAGAAAUUGGACAAGUCCAAGAAGAAAAUGUUCAGCUCGCUGCUCGACUGGGAGUUCCAGUAUCUGCUGCACGUGGCCCGGCCGUACGCGGCGUUGAUCACGUGCGCGCAAGACAAGACCCGGGUGGCCAAGUGGCUGCAGAAGCUGUGCGGCGUCCGCAUCGAGACGGCGUGUCUGAAAAUGAAAGGCGUCCGCAACGAUUACAUGAUGACGCUGCUGGGCUACUUGUACGACCUGAGACUGACCGGGCCGUUCGAGCAUCCGCCGCCGGACGGCCCGCUGGAAAGCCUCAACAAGGCCAUGGAGAAACUCAAAGACAGCUUCCCGCUGACCGUCCCGACGCAAAACGACGUCAACGAGUUUCUGGCGGGACAACCGGCGCCGGCCGACGGAGGAGCCUUCUGCUACAUAGCCAUUAGCGGCGAUUUACAAGCGACAAAUCUGAUCAAAUCCAAACCCAUACAAACUAAUAGCUGUUCGAAAUGA